ACCUCGUGCGUAGCCUGAGUAAUCUCCAAAUAUUUGAAUUUAUAAGAGGUACGAUUACUACAAACCUAGUAAUCAUACAGUAAUUGACUAAAUGAUAUCUCUCUAUAUUAUAAAUCGAAUGCACAUAUAAUUAUGUAAUUAUUAUGUAAUUAAUAUGCAAUUAAUCGUUAUCAAUAAUAUACGUAAAUAGUGAUUUGUCAUAUCUCGUCAUGAGAAAAAUUUAUCAAACAAUAACGAGCAAUAUAACUUUCGAGUAAAUAAUAAUCAGUUAUAUUUACUGCUUUCGUCAAUCACUACUCUCACAUUCAGAUUAUAAAAUUCAGUUGAAAAAUAUUAUUUUUGUUAUAAAUAUUGAUUCGUAAUAUUUUUUAAAAGGCACUGUUAGGUCUUCGCGAAAAAUUUCAGUUGAUUAAAUCGAUCGAAUUACACCCUAUCGAAGCUUGGUCCACGAGCCGAAGAUAAGAUUAUUACUUUCACCACCCUUGCAACCUUUCCCUAAAUCGAUCCCGAUACAUUAUCGCCGAUGUUUAUCUAAGUCCAAGCUAUUGGACCCACUAUAUAAACCGAACGGGACCAAGAUGAUUUGACUCAAUUACGGUUUAAUGAUGCUCGACAUUAUGAAGUCCGUUUUCUUGAUUUUUGCAAGAGUAGUAAUCUUCUCUUAUAAACUUUCAAAAUAUAUUUUUCAUUAUGGUGUCUGUUGGUUACGAAGCAGUGAACGGAGUUCACCCUGCUUCGUUCCGAGGAACGCCGAACUUCGAGGUGUUCUAUAACACCGUUGUAUGGGCUAGAUUCCACGUGAACGACCUGACACCAAGUUUAUCAAAUCGCCGCCCUUGUACGAGGUGCACCCACACUUCUUCUUCAACGAGGAUGCUACAACAUCGCCAUGGGUGACGUUGCUAGGGUGAAGAAAUCAGCGAUUGGAGGUGACUACUACGUAAUCCCAGCUAACUAUACUGAGCAGAGAAGACGUACCUGAACAAAAACUGACCUAUUUCACCGAAGAUGUUGGCUUAAACUACUUCUACUUCCUGGUCAAUCAUCAGAACCCACCUUUCGUGAACACCAUCACCACCACACUCCAUCCACUUUCACAAAUUUUGAUAUGCCAGAAGAGUUGUUUCAUGAUGCUUUUAAUUCAUCAAAUUAUAUUCAAACUUUCUAAUGUAUCGAAAUGCAAUGAUCUAAUACUGUUCUAAGUAAACGAUGACAAAUGAAAAAUCAUUGAAAUUAACAAGAUAUACAUUUGAUUAUCUCUAGGAGACGAUCAUUAAACGUUCGUUUCUAUUAGGAAAACAACAGCUGCUCGGAUAAGACGGCUUUAUUUCCGGCAUAAAUCAUGGAUAAUUAUCGUGAAAACAAUAGUAUCUUCAUGAAUUAUUGACAAAAUAUGAACUAAUAAGGGAAGGGAAAGCUAUGAUCUCAAGUGAGAGCAAGUGUUUUCUGGUGAUAAGAAAUAUCAAUGACUGAUAACGUGUUUUUUAUACGUUCCAUUAAUUUUAUAUUUGAAACAAAGUUGAAAUUUUAGGUAUUUAAGAAAUCUUGUCAUUCAAAAUAUUACAUAUUCAAACUUUCACCUAUUAUGUUCAAAGAUGUUUUUCUAAACUUUAUGUUUGGUAAUUGGUAAUGACUAAGAUUCAAUAUUGAAACCUGGAAUUAAAAUACAAUUAUUCUAUACUACAAUUGUAUAUGAAGUAUAGCAUAAGAAGUUGAUUUAAAAAUAAUGAAACGUUUAAAAUAUGAAGUGCCACAAUUGGCGCAACUGACCUAAUCAACAUACUUUAUCAGUUUCUUCAAACGACAGCUUGUCUGUGAAAUUAAUCACCGAGAAGCUUGAUAGAUAAUUUUCUAAUGAAUCAGUACUUAAGAAAUAAAAAAAUACAAAAUAAAUGUUAGGUCUCAAUAGAGAAAACAAAAUAAUUAUAAAAAUUUCAAAAUUUGCUCUUUGAUUAACCCAUUCGUACCAUCAUUAUUUCCUGGUCAUCAUAAAUGGCACAGGAAAAAAAAAAAACAGAAAUUGCACGUAAUUUAGUUUGACGAAUUCCUAAUUUGAUCACAAUGGAAAAUAUUAUCGACGAAACGUAGUAAUAUAAAAAUAUUAAUAAUAUCAGCAACAUUACCUAAUACCCAUGAACUAUUCAACCAAAAUUCAAUCUACAAAGCAACACGCUUGAAUCUCAUCCCGUCCAUACAAGUGUCAGAAUAAACGAAUAAACAAAACAUUAUUUUCAUAGUUAGUUAAAUAAUAAAGUUAUUCGAUAACGCUGAGGUCUUACUUAUAAAAGACACAAUUAAUGGAGGGGAUAACAGAGUAUAAAAGUAGCCGCGAGCGGAGCAUCCACGCUUUGGGACGCUAGAGUUUUGAACUUUGAAAAAUAAUGUUACUGUUGACACGGAUCUGGGUGCUAGGGUUGCUGGCCUUCAGUUUGGUCAGCGCAGAAUACUUCACCACCAAAACAGCCGACAAAGACUUCCUAUUGAAGCAAAAGAAGAUUUACAACUUACUUUAUCACAUCCCUCAACCCAAUGUGGUGAACGUUCAAUUGUACAAUGAGGGUCAAGCAUGGAACAUCGAGAACAGCAUUAGUUUGUACAGGAAUCAGGAUGCCGUGAAAGAAUUCAUGUACAUGUACAAAAAUGGAAUGCUUCCACGAGGAGAAAUGUUCUCGCCUUAUUAUCCAAAAUUGCUUAAAGAAAUGGUAGCUCUGUUCAGACUGUUCUAUUACGCGAACGAUUUCGAUACUUUCUACAACACAGCACUUUGGGCAAGAAUUUAUGUAAACGAGGGUCAAUUCUACUUUGCUCUUUGCAAUGCUGUAAUCAGAAGACCGGACACUAAAUACAUUCAAUUACCACCCCCAUAUGAAAUGUACCCAUAUGCGUACUUCAACUCUGAGGUGCUUGAAAAGGCACACCACGCCAAAGUUUUCGGUAAACUAGACUCGCAGAAAACUGGACCAUACGAAACGUACAUCAUUCCUGCCAACUAUUCCGGCUGGUACCUUAAUCGCGAAUACAACAUGGAGAACAAGUUGAACUAUUUCACAGAGGACAUAGGUCUGAACGCGUAUUACUUCUUCUUCCGUCAAGAAUGCCCAUUCUGGCUGAGCUCGAACGAAUUUGAUUUCUUACAAUACCGAGGAGAAGAAUACCUUUACGGGCACAAACAACUGUUGAACAGAUACUAUCUGGAAAGACUUUCCAAUGACCUGCCUAAAAUCGAAGACUUCGACUGGCAAAAACCAUUCUACGCUGGUUACUAUCCUACUAUGACAUAUCACAAUGGAAUGCCGUACCCACAGAGACCAGACUGGAGCAACUUCCCUGUCUACAAAUACAAAUAUAUUCAGGAUAUAAUGGACAUGGAAUCAAGAAUAACUGCAGCAAUUGAUUCUGGGUUUAUACUGAGAAACGACAGCAAGUGGUACAACAUAUACCAGGAGGAUGGUUUGAAUAUGCUUGGAAAUAUAAUCGAGGGUAACGGAGACUCUUACAACCGUGACUUCUAUGGCAGCAUCGAUACAUUGGGCAGAAAGAUCCUUGGUUACAAUUUGGAACCAGCCAGCCCCUAUCAAAUCUUCCCUAGCGCUCUGGAAACGUUCAGCAGCUCCAUGAGGGACCCUGCAUUCUACAGGCUUUACAAGAGAAUAUACCGCUAUUACUAUAGAUACAAAAUGCGUCAAGAACCAUAUACCAGAGACGAAAUUGUUUACCCAGAAUUGAAGAUUGAAUCGUUCGUUGUUGACAAAUUAACCACAUACUUCGAUCAAUAUGACACAUCCAUCAGCAAUGGUUUAUUAGUAGAAGAUCAAAGAGAAGCCGAAUCGUCGUUAAUAAAAAUUAGACAGUACCGUCUGAAUCACAAGCCAUUCAACUUCCACAUCGCGGUUAACUCUGAAAAACCAAUGAAAGCGGCGUUCAGAAUCUUCCUUGGACCCAAAUACGACUCGCACCACAAAUUAGCAGAAAUUCCAGACAGUCUGAAAUACUUCUACGAAAUCGACAACUGGAUCGUUGACUUGACCACCGGUCAGAACAAAAUCGGACGUAACAGUCAAGACUGCUUCUUCGUGAUGCCCGAUCAAGAACCAAGCGAAGUGUUGUACAAGAAAGUCCUGAAGGCUCUCGAUGGUGCGGAAUCAUUUACUUAUAACGAGAGAGUAUUUGGAUUCCCGGAAAGACUGUUGUUACCAAAGGGCAAAAAGGAAGGAAUGCCGUUCCAAUUCUUCUUAUACGUCAGCCCAGUGACUACAGAAGUACCAUAUACUUCCAGAAUAUGGGGCACUUACAAAUUUGACAAGAGACCAUUUGGUUUCCCUCUAGACAAGCCUCUUUAUGACUUCAAAUACGAUGGCCCUAAUAUGAUGUUCAAAAACAUUCUUAUUUAUCACAAGGACGAAUUUGAUAUGGGUCUUUCUUAUUAAAUACUUUUCUUCUUUCGCUUGUAUCUUGCACAUUUACUUCUAUGAUAUUGUAAUUUUAUAAUAAAUGCUACUUUUUCUAUCUCCCAAUAUGUUUCUGAAUUAUUAUCUUACCAUGUUCUCCUUUAAGCUUAUGUAUACAGAUUU